GAUAAUGGUGUGUGUUCGUUGUCUAAUACAAUUGCGUAAAGAGUUGUGUAAAUGCUGUAUCAGGAAGAACUAAUGCAUAACUGUCCGGGCUAGGGUAUCUUGGCUUUCAAGGGCGCCUUCAUGAACAACCUGAAUGAUCCUCCACGGUGGAACAUAGCGCCUGAGCCGCAGGGAGGUGCCGCCGACGGGGGCAAAUGGAACUACGCACUCCUUGUGCCAAUGCUGGGCCUAGCUGCCUUUCGCUGGAUCUGGACAAGGGAGUCCCAGAAGCAAAUAUAUGACGUGAAGACGCAACAUGACCAGGCCGUGGCUUCUGUGACCCACGACCUGGAGCUGAAGUACCGUGAUUCCCUGCGGGAGAGCCAGCGUUCGGCCGCUCAGCUGGAGCUGGCCCUGGAGAAAGAGCGAAACCGCGUGCAGGGCUACCGCCAGGCCCUGACCUCUCAGAGUCAGCAGCUCCUGCAGGAGCGGAAGCAGCUGGAGGCCCAGCGGGAGGAGCUGGAGCAGGAGAAGACGCGCCAUCGGGAGUCCGGCGCGGCCGCCGAGCUGCUUCGCCAGGCGCUGGCCAGCGAGGAGGAGCGCUGCCGACGGGCGCAGGCGGCACUGGCCGACGUGGAGGAGCGUCUAGUGGAGAGGCAGGGGGCCUUCUGCAGCCUGCUGCUGCCGCGCGAGCAGCGCUUCGAGAUGGAGAAGGACCUGCUGCUGCGCGCAGCCCGGCAGCCCGAGCUCCGCGAGCUGGACGGCCUGAAGGACGACCUCAGGGACAUCUUCAAGAAUGACCGGCACUGUGCGGACAAGCUCAAGCUCAACCGGAACGUGGACAAGCGCAAGAACGGCAGUCUCAUGUGGCUCUACCUCAGGUACUGGCAGCUGCAGGUCACACUACAGAAACACCAGAGAGCGGAGGGUGCGCUGAGGGGAGGUCCUGACACCCCCCAACCCAAGUGACCUUUAACCUUUGCCAUGAAAGGAAAGCCAUAACCCUGUUUGUGAGUUCCGAGGAACCGCCAUCCUACAGGUGAAUAAUCACUACCCUAAUCCACCACACAUGAGUUGGCUUCCAUAGUCCUCCAGGGAAAUGGAAGUGGACACACUCCCAGGUUAGUGAGGAUGUUUUACUGCUGGAUGGGGAGAGUAGCAUUGCACUAAAAUAGCAUGGGCCAGAGGAAUUGAUAUGAGCGAUCCCAUUGAGAUUCUAGGCUGUCCCUGUAACACAAUCACUCCUAUGGUCUGCAACAGUACUUGGUAGUUGUUUUUUUAUUUCCUCUGUACACUAAAGCUGGAGAAAGGAUUGUUUACCUUUAAGGUUGUAGGAUCCUUUGUGUUUUCUCUCCUCAGGAGUUGAUUGCUGCCAAUAUGAUGGUUUACUCAGCUAGGGUAUGGUUGCAGUGUGUGUUAUGUUGCACCCGUUCCUCUUUGAGGGUUCAUUUAUGACACUAUGAACACAAUGUUUUUCCUUUUUGUCAUUAUCAUCGUUGAUGGAAUAAACUCUGCAGUGUCCAAAAGAAAUGGCACUGUUUGAAUCAAAA